UCAUCGUUUACACGUCAGAAAUUCUCGAAGAGUGUAUAAUAGACAAUAUUUUUGUCAUAUUUGUAAUAACAUUGUAAUAACAUUUAAAAUAUAAGUUUAAUAUGUCGUGUAACGUUUGUCAAACAAAAUUCUCAUUCUUUACUAGAGAAGUAGCUUGUCCAGGCUGUGGUUUUUCGUAUUGUGCUAAGUGCCUCAAAUAUAAAUAUGAUAUUCCAGAUAGAGGAGUGAAAAAGAUUUGCGGACGUUGUUACAAUAAAUAUAAUUGUACAAAAAAAGUGAACUCUCAUAACACUACUGCUAUGUCGGAUGAGCACGAAGAAGCUUUUGCUCCAGUGGACAUUACUAAAAAAUUGGAUUCUUUAGAAAAUCCAGCAAAGCCACCAAUAGUAAUGUACAAGCACACCAAUCACUGGGACAAAUUCAAAAAGGGUUUAGAACCUGCUGAUCAAGAAAUAGUUGAUAGAUUACGAAAGUUAAAAGAAGAAGACAAAACUGCAGCUUUAAGCGUUGAUGAAAUAAAGAGAAGAUUAGCAUUGUUGAAGGACGAAGAUCCGGAUGCUAGUAGUCAUAAAAUAAAUAUACAUCAAGUGGAUACUAGGACAGACCAACAAAAAACAGAAGAUUUGAUACAGGAGUACCUUCAACAGCUAGAAUUAACUUCAGGAAACGAUCCUGUUAACGAUAUUCAGUCAAGGUUAAGAUCAUUACAGGGUACAAGUGAUGUAUCCAAGAAGCAUUUGAACGAAGAUAUCGACGAUGAUGAAAAACAUGUAACAAAAACAUUAAUUGCAAAAGCUUUGGCUGAAGCAGAAUUGGAGAAAAAAUAUGAAGAAGAUGUGGACGAACUACAGGAAAUGGAAGUCGAUGCAAGAAAGCAUACUGAUAGCGAAGAUGAGAAGCCUACUUGCGUAAUGUGCAAUCAAACUGAAGAUUUAGAACAAUGUUUGGGCUGUCACGGUGACCUCUAUUGUCCCAUAUGCUUUGAGGAUAACCAUGAUGAUUUUGAAUUGCAAAAACAUAAAAGAGUGCCAGCAUUAAAACCAAGUCUGUAUUGAGAAAAAUCGUCAGAAUGUUUAGAAAAUAUGCUUCUUAACAAUUGAUGCAACAUGCAAUUUAUCAUUGAGGCACUUGCUAUAUAAUGUUUACGAAAGGUUUAUGAAUAGUAUCACUUUCAAUUUUUAUAUGGUCACGGAUAUUAUUGUUGAAAUAGAAGCAUUUAUUGCAUUGUACACAUAAA